AUGCUCCUUUUCGUCAUCGGUGCGCCAGGAUCAGGCAAAGGAACUUUGUGUUCUAAGCUGGCCAAGGAGUACAAAUUCCACCACGUCUCAGUCGGAGAUACACUGCGUCAGUUUGUCAAGGAGCUUGGCGAAGUCUUAGACAAGAAGAUCCUUGAAUGCGUGAAGAACCAAGAACUGCUGCCGGUCGAAGCUUUGGGUACAAUUCUGAAGUACGAAGUCGAACGACUGAAAAGAACUGGACAUAACGAUGUCAUCAUAGACGGCUUCCCAAGGCGUCUUGACCAGGUUGCUCGUGUGGAAGAAAUGAUAGGAAAGCCGGACUUGGUGCUUUUCUUCAACUGCCCCAAAGGCAAAGCGAAACAGCGGCUUCUAGCAAGGAACAUUAGCGGGAGGAACGACAGAGAAGAGGUUUUCGAGAAGAGAUAUCAGGAGUUCGCAAUGCUUAAUGGCGAGAUCGUCGCCGAGUAUCGCCGUCGAAGAAUACUGCGAGAGGUGGACACGAGCUAUGAGACACCCACCUCCUGGACUGGGCUGUUGAUUACUCUAAUGGACGAGCGUCUAGGUAACAAGUCCUUCUUUUCACGCAGAGUAAAUUAG